CCAUCCACCAGGAACUAUCGCAGCCGCGGAAGUUCCGAUGGCUAUUCGCCUCGCUCGCGACCAAGACAUCCCGGCGGCGAAGCCUGACCAAAGUCAUGGUGUUGGAAUCGUACCUAAACCAGCCAUCGAUCUAUGGUCGAUGUCUGCACCGGCAAAGCGCCGUGCCAAGGCGAAGAACGUGAAGAAAGUUCCUGACGACAAACUCGAACUCCGACGACUACAAAGCAAAAUGAACCAAAGACGAUAUCGAGCGGAGCAACUCGAACUCAUGGAGCGACUUAAUGGUGCCGUGUCCAAUCUCACUACGGAUGUUGCGCGUUUAGAAGGACGCGUUGGCUCGCUGCGAGUCUCGGUUCCUAAGAAUUUGCGUUCAUUUGACCCAGAGCACAACAUCGCGAAGGAGUAUUUCCGCCUCUUCGCUCAAGGAUUCACGAAGCGCUCCACGGAUCCCCUUCAUUCGCACCAACGGGAUUUCGUCUGCAGCGUGAUGCACUCCGAUUUGGAAUUCAUGAACGCCAAUGGUCUGGGAAAGCUCUUCACCCAAUGGGACCUGUACACCACCAUGUUUCAGUCUAUACUGGUGUCGUGGGACAGAAGCUGUGUUGUGACAUGCCACCCCCAAGUUAUGCUCGAAGGUCAAGCUGUCAUGCACUUGCGCAUUUCUCGCAGGACAAUAGAAGCGCUGUUCCCUCACUUGCUGCACAACGAACCGAUCGUUCAAAAGCUGAUUGGACGUGUGCUGGCGUUGCCGGUAUUGUGCCAAUUCACCUUUGAUGCGGCAUUCAAGAUCAAGAAGAUAAAUACGUUCGCCAGCGCAGUUGUGGCGCUCAUGGACCUGCUCAACUCGGCGGAGGACACAGCGAUCGUUGUCGAGGGCUGUCUGGUCAAAGACAACGCCGAACUUGUGCCUGUGACUAUUGGAAGCAGGGAUUAACAUCGUAGCAAGUACAUUAUUUAACACGCCAAGUGAUCUCGCCCCGCAGUCCUGACGUUGCCAUGGUCGGCAGCGGCGAGGAAGGUUUCCAGCCAAACGUUUCGAAAAAACACAGAAAACACGUUAAAUGAUGUGGUUGGGUGCAA